UGGUUUACCUUUAUUUAAACAAAAAAAAUAUCGGACUUCAAAUAUGAAGUGCAUAAUUAUUCCUGUGUUGGUGUUUGUGAUUAGCCUAGCGAUGUCUUUAGCAAUGUCUAUUGAUGAACUGGAAGAUUUUAGUAAUUAUCUAAAGGAAACAUCUCUGUUGGAUCAACCACUGAAAAAAUAUCCUUCAGACGAUAGUGACGACGACGCGCCGAUUUCUGACCACGCCUGGGAAGAGAGUGGUCGAUUCGAGGGUGACUUGAUCCUCAACGACCGACAGAGGCAACUUAUAGUGCAAGAUAUCGCGGAGGGGCUCUCCAGGAACGGUCUCAAAGAUAGCACUAAACGAUGGCCAAACAAUGAAGUUGUUGUUUACAUUCAAAGAGAGCAUUUUACUGGCGAUCAAGUUCAAGCAAUACUGCAGGGCAUGGAAGAGCUUAGCCAAGCGUCUUGCGUUAAAUUCAGGCCGUAUAAGAAAGGGGAUCGAGAUGCUGUAGUGGUACAAGGUAGCCGCCGCGGUUGUUUCUCGCAAGUGGGCUACCAGGGGGGCUACCAGGUGCUGAACCUGUCCGGCCGGCACCCGGUGGGCCGCGGCUGCUUCCGGCACGGCACCGUCGUGCACGAGUUCCUGCACACGCUGGGCUUCUACCACAUGCAGAGCAGCCCCGACAGAGACGACUAUAUAGACGUCCUCUGGGAAAACAUCGUGCAACCGGCCAGACAUAAUUUCCGAAAGUACAAUCUGUUCUCCGUGUCGGACUUCGGCGUUGGAUACGACUACGACAGCGUGCUGCACUACAGCCGUAAAGCGUUCUCCUCGAACGGCGGCGACACGUUGGUGCCUAAGAAGAGUGGCGCUGAAAUUGGGCAGAGGAUAGGUCUCUCAGAGAAAGACAGUGCCAAGUUGAACAAGAUGUAUUGUGAUGCGGACUCGAAUAACUUCGAGGCUGCGGACGACGUGUCACAUACUGUCAUUAAAAAGAAAAAGACUCCUAAGAACAAGCCUUUUGAAGGGCAUGGUAUAGGAUAUCACCAAGGUAAAACUGUGGUUUUUAAACUGCCUGCAGCUGAAAGUUUUCGAUUACCGGAACAGCCGUCAAAUGUCCUGUUUGAUUAUUUCAGUAAAGCGCCGCAAGCUAUGCCACCGACGCUUAUUGAAGGAUUUGGAGUUGGACAGGAAAUAACUUAUUCAUACAAAUUGCCUGCUGGGUACCAUAUCGCUGAACACAAAAUCCCAUCGUACCGAUAUCCAACACUGUUAAAUAGAACGUAUACUGCAGCUGAACCUAUAUUUAGACAACAUAAUGUACAAAAUAAUAAUGAAGACAAGAAGCCUUCUACUAAUGCCGAUAUUGGGAAUAAAAAUAAGGAGACAAGAGAGGAUUUUGACGAGAAAGUGAUUAAAGUACAAACAACCAAAAAUACAGAUACAGGCAAUGAAAAUGACUAUACUAGUAUAUACCAGCCUAACACUGAAUAUUCAGAAUUUUAUAAUCCCGUCAACAAGCAAAGAAUCGGGACCAUAACUGGUUAUUAUCUCAAUUACUCGCCAAAAUCUCAUGAAAAUCAUGAGCAGGAUAUAAAAGAAAUAUCAAAUUUAAAAUUAACUAGACAGUUUAUAGAAACACUCAGGGAACCGAAAUCAAUGCAUUUCCGUUAUCAUAAUAACAAAGAACCAGAACAGUUGCGUCAGAAUGAAUUUAACAAUAAACGUGACAUUAUAGAUAAAUCAAAACCAGUCAUAAACGAAGAAAAUACCCCAGGAGAUGAUUCAUCGUUUGGUUAUGUGCACCCUAGCACAAAACUAAAACAGACCAAAAAUAUUUAUUUUGUCAACCCAGAACACACUUCUAAAAAAUAUUUGAAAAAUAAGCACGGUUUCAGUAGCCUCUACCUUCCCAACGAUAAUAUAAAUAAAGACGAUGCAUCCAGAAAUGCGCAGUAUAAAAUAUUCGGCGAAAUUGUUCCAUUUACUAUAAACUAUAAAUACAAACAAAAUAGUCCAAUUAUCCACGGGGACACACUAAAUGUUCAUACUAAUUUAGAUGACGAUGAAAGAAUAAACGAGAGUGUGAAAUAUCCAACCAAAAAGCCGAUGUCUAAGGAGAAGACCGACGAUAAUCCUGACGAACAAUAUAGUUAUGAAGAUUAUGAACCCCAUGACACGACAAAAAUUACUGACUACCCGCAACCAAUAUCUAAUGAAGAAAACUCGUCAAAAUCUUAUGAAGUGACGGAGAAACUUUCGGAACAGGUAGAUUUAGUCACAGAGAAAUCGAAUGUCUAUUCUAACUCACACAAUGAUGAAACAAGGUUGGAAAAGCGUCUACCUAGCAUUCUGGAAAAGUAUGUGGAUCAUGAUAAUUACGAUAUAACUGCUCCGAUUUACGACAGCGAAGAAUAUUAUAAAAAAACCUAA